AUGCUACAAGAUCCAUCCGUUGACACUUUCUCGAAACAAUUAUUAGAUAUCGGCGAUGGAAAAGUUACUGUCCAUGAAAAUACUGGCUGCAUAAAAUUGCCCACCGAUUUCUGCACAAUCGUUGAUUCUCAAAAUGUUCUCAUUGACCGCAUAUUCCCCGAUGUACGCACACAAUACAUAAACCACGCGUGGCUAGCAGAAAGAGCCAUUUUGGCAGCAAAAAAUGUGGACGUCGACGAUUUAAACUUCAAGAUACAGCAGUCGUUGACAGGCGAAUUGGUAUCAUACAAAUCGAUCGAUACAGUUUGCGAUGCCAACAAAGCUGUAAAUUAUUCAACAGAGUUUUUGAACCCACUGGAUUUGCCAGGCAUGCCACCACACCUUCUACUACUUAAAGUUGGAUCUCCGGUUAUUUUACUUCGGAAUUUGAACCCACCACGGUUGUGCAAUGGCACUCGAUUGGUCAUUAAAAAAUGUAUGAAAAACAUAAUCGAAGCCACCAUUUUGAGUGGCAAAUUCCUAGGCGAAAAUGUUUUGCUGACACGUAUUCCAAUAAUUCCCACAGACGUGCCAGUUGAAUUCACGCGUUCAAUUUCCUAUUAG